AUGUCGUCCACCAGCAACGCCUCCAUUGACAAGUUCAACGGAGACAAUUACGCAACGUGGAGCCGGUACAUGCGCGGUGUGUUUUUGACGAAGUCCGUCUGGCACGUCGUCAACCGUGAAGUGACUCCGACUUUCACCGACCCGCGAGCGUCCGAUGACUACGUCAAGGCAAGCAACGUCGCGUUUGGUAUGAUGCUGCUGCACAUGAACGCGGACUACCAUCAUGUGCUGGACAACUGCGAGGAAGCCUGGGUUGCGUGGACAAGUCUGAAGACGCUGUACGGUGGGUCGCAGAAGGCAGGACGCAUCUACCUCAAGCGACAACUUUUCAGUAUCAAGAUGGCUGAAGGCGCGAACGUCAUGCAUCACUGCAACGAGGUCCUCAACAUCUCCGCCAAGCUUAGCGGCAUCGGUGCGAAGAUGGAAGACGAAGACGUUGCAAUUUGUCUGCUACUCAGUCUUCCGAAGAGCUACGAAAAUGUGGUGCUCAACAUGGAAAUGAGCAGCACCGAGCUUCGCACUCAAGAUGUGGUGAGAGUCCUGACGAAUGAGCAUGCCAAGCGUCAAGGAGAAAAAGGGACAACGACAGCGACUACGGUGAAGGCUGAAGAUGCAAGCAAGGCAUUCAGCGCCGAGCGUGAGCCCUACCAAUGCACGUAUUGUGGCAAGGUGGGACACACGGUGGAUCGUUGCUGGACAAAGCAGAAGAACGAAGGUCGGGGAGCCCGACGCGGCGGCAAUGGUCGUGGACGCGGGGCUAACAAUGUCCAGUGGGGACAUCAUGAUGAAGGCAAUGGCUACGAUCGAGUGGCGUUUGCAGUCUCGUUCGAAUGUGGAGUUUCGACGAGCAAGGACGUGUCUGGAAUGUGGGCCGUCGACAGUGGUGCAACGCACCACAUUUGCCACGACAAGACCAAGUUCGCAAGUUUGGCAGAGCGCAAUGAGGGCGAACUUGGUGGCUGA